AUGGAGGGGUCACGUGAUAAUGUCCUAAAGUCCGUUCAUCACUUAGAAGGUGCUCGUGGUCUAUCAGCAGCUGACCUUGCAAGCCACAUCAACACCGCUUUCUUGGCCCCAAUGGAGGUUUUUGAACCGCUUACCCACAAUCUAUUUAGGGGAGACAAUUUUGUGUCUUCGAGCAGAACUAUGAAUGAUGAUUUCUCACCAAUAUCAGCGUUUUCUAUCUUUAGAAAGUUAUGCUCUAUUAAUCCAGCUAAGGCACAAGGACCGGACGGUAUCCCCGGAUGGCUCUUAAAGGAGAAUGCGGAUCUUUUGGCGCCAUCCAUCAUGGAUAUCAUGAAUGCCUCCCUUCGUGAAGGCCGUUUGCCCUUAUCUUGGAAAGAGGCAGAUAUCGUCCCUGUCCCCAAGCAAAGACCUAUCCAAGACAUCAAUAAGCACCUUCGCCCUAUCUCCCUUACGCCCAUCCUUUCCAAGAUUGCAGAAGAUUACAUUGUUCAUGAAUUUGUGAUACCUGCCGUGUUAAAGAAAAUCGACAAAAGACAAUAUAGGACAAUACCUAAAUCAUGCACUACGCACGCACUUGUUAGCAUGAUCCAUAACUGGCACGUCAGCUCCGAUGGGAAUUCGGCCGUGAUUAGGGUGGUUCUAUUUGAUUUCCGUAAAGCGUUCGAUCUUAUUGAUCUCAACAUCUUAGUGCGUAAACUCUUAGAUUACGAUAUUCCGAACCACAUAUUAUGCUGGAUUGUUGACUUUUUAUCGGAUAGAAGACAGAGAGUUAAACUGGCCGAGGAUUGCUUCUCCGAAUGGCGUUACAUUCGUUACAAAUAUGUUGAUGAUACCACAAUUUCAGAGGUUAAAGGCCAAGAGAACUGUAUUCAGCAAAUGGUAGACGAUCUCGCAAUACAAGCAAGGGAAGAUGGUUUUCAGUUAAACGAAAGGAAAUGUAAAGAGCUUAGGAUUAGCUUCGCAAAAAACGAACCAGAAUUUGAUCCUAUCUGGGUUAACCGUCAGACCCUUGAGACCGUGAAAAGUAUAAAAUUAUUAGGACUCAAUAAAAGUAGUGAUUUAAAAUGGAAUGCCCAUGUGUUAGAGCUAGUUAGGAAGGUUUCUACAAGGCUAUAUUUUCUAAGACAGUUGAAGAGAUCGCAUGUCGCCACAAAAGAGCUUCUUCUAUUUUACAUUACAUGCAUUCGGUUAUUCCAAGUUAUUUAA